AUGCUGCUCUUCUGCAGUGUGUAUGAUCCGAGUCUGAAACUGUCACGUUGCGUCGAACGCCGAACCUUGGAAGGCUGCCGACUGACAACCCAACUCAGUCCACGCAGUCUGCCCAGUUAUGUGUGAGUGUGUGUGCGUUCGUGUGGAGGGGCGGACUGGUAGGCUGAGAGCCAGGCUGUCACAGGCUCUCACGCAUGUGAGGAGUGCGUGCGCGCGCUUUAUGGGUGGUGCCUCUCAGCCAAUGACUGUUUGACCACCCAGCCUUGAAGAGUGACGGCCAAGGCAAAUGCAAGGACCACGUGUCACCCUUCUGUGCCUUGUAUCACCUAUGUCAGGAUCAGCAAACGCAGUCUGGUGCGUGCUGGCAGUUCUUUGCAUCUGGUUCCCUGCCGGUAGAUGCGCUUGCGUCCCCGCCGGGUAUGCAGGUCGUGAGCAUCGCUGCCCAGUCAUCGUCGUCUUUUUGCUGUUGUUGUUGUUGAUGAUGAUGAUGAUGACGAUGAUGAUGAUGAUGAUGAUGAUGAUGAUGAUGAUGAUGAUGAUGAUGAUGAUGAUGAUGAUGAUGAUGAUGAUGAUGAUGAUAUUGGUCGAAAUCCUCGUCAAUCGUUGUGUGGAGCAAGGGGUGUGACGGUACGCCCAGGUGCGGGUUUGGUCGCGCCAGCCACCUGCGUCUUCUCCCGCUUACGGUCUUCUUUGACCAUGCCUUGGCACCUGGCGCAGGUGGGGAGUUAAAGAAGAAUGCGGCAGAUACUGUGCAAGUCUAUCACCACUAUAAAGUAAUCUACGCGCAUGUCACCGUGCCUGCUCUCACCCUGCCGUACAAAACACGGUGGACAUUGUCGGCAACGACGGUCGAACUGUCAUGUCAUUCGUCUGGUAUAUUUCGAGUGCACAUUGGGAUGUCCCACAUCAGAGGGUUUUGUGUGCACCACGGGCAUUUCAGCCGCUCCGACUACAAAUAUUCUCGUUUUGCGGGUCAGAAAACAAUGACUGUCGAUUAAUUUUCUCAUACGCCAGGCGUGCCGGCAGUAGCUCAGAGAUACAGAGCCUUUGCGCAAAUUCAGAAAAUUAGUGUUUCGUUCCCACUCCAUAGCAAACCUUACUGAGCCUAUAAGUCCCCUGGUCCCCUUGUUCUGUCACAUUAAGCUGUUCAUUUAAACAACUAAAAAGAAACCAUAAAAUUAUCUGCAGAUGAUACCUACGUUAUGAGCCAAGCCCACGCAACUGGCCCCGGGGCUUGCAUCGACAGUUAACAAUAAUUGUGUGUCGGAGAUACUUGAAAUUUAUCGCCAGCCGUGUCGUCAUUGCAGCUUAUUAUUUGAUGGUUCAGAAUGUGGAGAACGGGCAACACCUCAGCAUCGCAAAUCCGACUUCUACUAGUUGCAGUUGGGCCGACAUCAGCACCUGCUACUGAAGAUCUUGUUAUUCAUUGCAGUCGAUGAAAGCGCGCACCUACAGUGUGCCACCGUUGGUUGUGUUGUCGUCCUGGAUUAUCGCUCCGUCCGGAUGGUCUUAUAGCUGGUAAGGAUUAACAGCCAAUAACUCCACGAAACUUCAGAAUACGUUCUUAUUAAGUAAGCUGGGUGUUUUAGCGUCAUUCUUAACUUUCACACAGAGUUUAGGUUAGUGGAAUAAGCAUUGCGGUAACUGAAGGCGUAUCCAAGGCCUGAUCAUUGCGUCCCUCAUAUCGGAUUGCGGCUAGGAGGAGAAUUGUAUUUUGUACAGUAUGAAGGAAGUUUAGAUAGGGUGUGCUGGCGGAUACACGUGAUGCUCAUGUCCACCCGUUGUGCGAAAACGUGAGUGUGUUGUGCGGGGCAAGAUUGUGUGUGACACGCGUGGCCAAGCUGUCCUAUUUCUGUCGGCCAUUGCGCCCAAUAUCUGCAUCAGGUGAUUAACAGGCUCGACCAGUUGGCUGGCGCACUGGAGAAGGAAAAGAGCGUCGGCGACCCUGGGGUCUGCAGUCACAGGGCACGUUAG